UAGAGUUGGUAAAAUCGAGUCCGAAAUUCACACCCCAUGAGGAUCACAAUUGCCGAAUAAUCACUCCAGUCCGGGUUCCCAUAAAGAUGGCGGACGUGCAAACCAACGGUCAGAAAACUCGUGUAAAGAGCAAUGAGCUCACUGAUACGCAAAGCCGAAACUAAAACUAUGCAAUCCCUUCUCGCCCGAUUACUACUCCUCCCUUCUCCCACUUCUUUUGUCAACCACCACCGUCGCUCUCUCAACCCUCCUCCAAUUCUUCUCUCGGGUUUGUAUUCGAGGUCGGGGUUUCGUCGGUGGUGCUCGGGCUCCGGCGAAGUGCGAGGGAUGGCUAGUAGACCGGUUUCGUCAGUUGAAAGCUUGGAAAGUUCGGAUUCGAUCAGGUACCUGUCGCAGAGAGAGGCAGCCGAGAUCGAUGAGAUCCUCAUGGGGCCUCUAGGGUUCAGCGUCGAUCAGCUAAUGGAAUUGGCCGGAUUGAGUGUUGCUACCGCCAUUGCAGAGGUGUACAGGUCCAGUGAGUACAAUCGCGUUCUUGCUAUUUGCGGUCCUGGGAAUAAUGGUGGUGAUGGUCUUGUAGCAGCUCGCCAUUUGUACCACUUUGGGUAUAAACCAGUUGUUUGUUAUCCAAAGCGUACUCCCAAACCUCUUUAUGAUGGUCUGGUGACUCAGCUGGAAUCUCUCUCGGUUCCUUUCCUAUUGGCAAAAGAUCUGCCCAUGGACUUAUCAAACGACUUUGAUAUUCUAGUAGACGCAAUGUUUGGAUUUUCAUUUCAUGGUAACCCUAGGCCUCCUUUUGAUGAUCUAAUCCAAAGGCUGGUAUCUCUUCAAAAGCGUGAUCGCAAGCGUCAGGAAUCACCUGUUGUCAUCUCCAUAGAUAUUCCAUCUGGGUGGCAUGUUGAAGAAGGAGAUAUCAAUGGAGGUGGCAUUAAACCUGAUAUGCUGGUUUCAUUGACUGCUCCAAAGUUGUGUGCGAAGAGAUUUUGUGGUCCACACCACUUCUUAGGAGGAAGAUUUGUCCUGCCAUCAAUUGUAGAAAAAUUCAACCUGAAACUUCCACCAUACCCUAGCACUUCUAUGUGUGUUCGGAUUGGAAAGCCUCCACAAGUUGAUAUAUCUGCUUUGAGAGAGAACUAUAUUUCUCCAGAGUUUCGUGAGGACCAAGUGGAGGCGGACCCCCUUGCUCAGUUCGAGAAAUGGUUUGCUGAUGCAGUAGCUGCAUGCUUGAAGGAACCAAAUGCUAUGGCUCUGUCAACUGCGGACAAAUCUGGGAAACCUUCAUCAAGAAUUGUGUUGCUAAAAGGAGUUGAUAAAGAUGGUUUUGUAUGGUAUACAAACUAUGAAAGCCAAAAGGCUCGUGAAAUAUCUGAAAAUCCUCGUGCGUCGCUGUUGUUUUACUGGGAUGGUCUAAAUCGCCAAGUAAGAGUGGAAGGACUUGUGGAGAAAGUUUCUGAAGAAGAAUCUGACCAGUACUUCCACAGUCGUCCUCGUGGAAGUCAAAUUGGAGCAAUAGUUAGCAAGCAGAGCACUGUAAUUCCCAGACGCAAUAUUCUCCACCAAGAGUACAAAGAAUUGGAGGCCAAAUUCUCUGACAGAAAUUUGAUCCCAAAACCCAAACACUGGGGAGGAUACAGGCUUAAGCCAGAGCAUUUUGAAUUUUGGCAAGGACAGCAAUCACGCUUACAUGACAGGAUACGAUACUCUCCUGAAGUGAUUGAUGGAAAGAGAGUAUGGAAAAUUGACCGAUUGGCCCCAUGACUAGUAUUAGCAAAUUCGUCAUUGUAAGGCUCAUCAUCGGUAUCUAUUAUGUAAGUAGUGAGACUCAUGCAUUGCAUUCUUUUAUGAUUGAGUGACAUGAUUAGAGGGUUACAUAUCUUUUUUACCUUAUUUUGCAGACGAAUCAACUUAUUGUCUACACAGAAUCUGUAACUUGCAAUAAUAAGCCAAAUGUUUGAGUAUGAAA